UCUUACAAAUUACGAGAAAAGUGUAUUAAUAACAAUUUUAAAUAAUAAUUUUUUCAUUUUUUAGCGAUGCGUACCGAUGAGCAUAUUUUGAUUCACUGGUUGCUCCUAGAGUUUACUAAGAUUUGGGGUGUUGUGUAGAAUAUUUGAUUGUGGAUUUGAGUAAUAGAAUAGAUCUGAAGAAUAAAAUAAUCCCUUUUUGGGUGCGUGUAAUGGCUGGUUUCACCGCCGAAGAUCUCUCCACAAUCGGAGGAAUUGCCACCGUUUCGCUUCUUCAUUCCUUCAUUCCCACACAUUGGCUUCCUUUCUCCAUUGUGGGUCGUGCUCAGAAAUGGACUCUCUCCACAACCCUUCUUGUCACUGCACUUGGAGCAAUUUUGCACGUAAUAUCCACUUCACUGCUUGGUAUAACAGCAAUUACCAUGGCAAACACCAUUGCUGGUGAAGAAACAGUGCAUAAGCUCGCUUCACUUUUGCUUGUACUUCUUGGUGGUAGUUAUGUAGUGUUGUUUCUGGUGGGAAAGGGCGGCCAUAGUCAUUCGCAUAACCAACCCAUGGAGAGAAUGGCUGUAGCUGGACUAAUUCUUGUUCCUGCAUUGUCUCCCUGUGCUACAACACUUCCAGUAUUUCUUGCUGUUGGAAAUUCAUCUUCCAUGAUGGUGCUUGCCAUCAUAGUGCUGCUAUUCAGCACAAUAUCUGUGAUGACUUCGCUAGUAGCAUUGUCAUUUUAUGGGGCUAGUCAGCUGAAGUUUCACUGGGUGGAGAAGUAUGACAAACUUCUUGUUGGUUCAGUGCUGUGUUUAGUAGGAAUCUUGACCCUAAUUUUUCAUGAUCAUGAUCAUGGAGAACUAGGUUCUAUUGGAGAGCAUGCACAUAGGAAGAUCAUUACCUUGUGAGAUAUACACACGUCUUUUAAUUACACGCUUUUGAGCGUUGUCACAGUAUUGUCUCUAUUUUGUAUUAAAAGAAAAAAAAAUGUUGCUACUUAGAUAAUUGCUUAUUCCUGUCUAGUUAAAGUGGGUGUGCAAUGAAUUUAGAAUGAGAAGUUAAUGAUAUUCAAAUUACUUCUUUUGGGGGGCUGCAAAAUUACUUUGAUUAGAAUAUAGUGAGUCUCCAAUAUACUGUCACAAAAUUAUGUACCUGUGGGUACCCCUUAUAUCUUAUAACUGUAUAAUCUUGAUUUGGCAAAUUCAGCGUUUCCUCCAACAUAUGA